AGCUUCCCUGACGGGAAAAUGGGCACCUGUGUCGAGGAGCCGCAAUGGAGAAAAAUCCACUCAGUUGCCGGAGUGGUACCGCGGUCCAGACACGGACACCGAGCAGCAGUUAUUCGGGAGCUGGUUGUUGUUUUCGGAGGCGGAAAUGAAGGCAUAGCGGAGGACCUCCAUGUUUACAACACCGUCUCAAAGCAAUGGUUUCUUCCUGCUGUGAGGGGUGACAUCCCACCAGGUUGUGCUGCACAUGGCUUUGUCUGCGAUGGUACUAGAAUACUGAUCUUCGGCGGCAUGGUGGAGUUCGGCAAAUACUCAAACAGCCUGUAUGAACUUCAGGCUAGUCGCUGGUUGUGGAAGAAGCUGAAACCAAGAGCACCCAGGAAUGGCUUGCCUCCCUGCCCUCGGAUCGGACACAGCUUCACUCUCUUGGCUAACAAGUGUUACCUGUUUGGAGGGCUGGCCAAUGACAGCGAGGACCCGAAUGGCAAUGUUCCACGGUACAUGGGAGAUUUGUAUGAGCUGGAGCUGCAGUCAAUAUCCGGGGUGAGAGGAUGGAGCAUCCCGGAGACAAAAGGUUGUGGUCCCCCAGCACGGGAGUCCCACACAUCGGUUGUUUACACUGGCCUGGGUUCUCCGAAGCUUUACAUCUUUGGAGGGAUGCAAGGAUGCCGGUUAGACGACCUCUGGCAGCUUGACCUUGACACAAUGGUUUGGACAAAGCCUCAAACAAGGGGUUCCACACCAGUACCCAGAAGCCUUCACUCAGCCAGUGUCAUCGGAAACAAGAUGUAUGUUUUCGGUGGCUGGAUUCCUGUUCCAGAGUCAGACAAGCCUAACGCUUUAGGAACUGAAUGGAUCUGCACUAACUCCUUAAGUGUACUCAACUUAGACACUAUGAUCUGGCAGAAUCUGGGCCCAGAGCAGCAGGAUGAUAUAGAGUCCCAGCUGCAGAGCCAGGGGCCCCACGGCGAUGACCAGUACGCCUGCAGUCCCCGAGCCAGGGCCGGCCACUGCGCCGCCGCCAUCGGAUCCAGGCUUUACAUUUGGAGCGGCCGCGACGGAUACCGCAAGAGCUGGAACUACCAGGUCUGCUGCAAGGACCUUUGGUACCUGGAAACAGAACGACCAGCCACCCCAGAGGCAGUGUUACUCAUCAAAUCCACAGUCAGCAUGCUCCACGUGGCGUGGCGCCCUCUGGCAGCGGCGGACUGCUACAUCCUGCAGAUUCAGCCCGUGUGUCCUCCCAGCACCGCAGCCGGCGCUCCGCCAGCCACACCAGUUGAUCCAAGCAGAGCAGAUGGACGGGAGGGGAAAGAUGGAGAUCCUGCAGGUGUCCAGUCCCUUCAAGCUCAAAGUGAACGAAACACUAAAAAAGGGGAGAACACUUCAUCUCAGGAUGUUUCAGCGCAGCAGGAAACUCCAGUGAAAUCAUCCGGUGGGAGAGAGACGGAAGAAAAGUCGGACACUAAACGCUGCACUGCUCAACAGGAAACGUCAUCAGCUGAGGUCAGCAGCUCAACUCAGCACCCGUCAGACAAUCAACCUGCUACAGCUGACAAGAGGACAGAUUUGUACGGCCAAACAGAUCAGCAGAAUCCAGAGAAAGCGGUGUGGUUUGAUGUCGGCGUGUUCAAAACGCUCUUCUCUGAGGUCAACCACUACUUCCUGCCAGCUGAUAACGAGCAGGCCACUACAGGCAUCAGCAGCAGACCCCAAAAUACUAAAGAGAAGAGGCAGUCAGUGCCUCAGGACUACCAGGACAGAGAGAAGCAGGAGCUGGCUCCAGGUCAGACCUACAGGUUCAGAGUGGCAGGUUUCAACUGCUUCGGCCAGGGAGACUUCAGCCCCGUCAGCGAGUUCAAGACCUGCCAACCCGGCUUCCCUGGAGCGCCCUCUGCUGUCAAAAUUACCAAGGCCAGCGAUUCGGUCCACAUCACAUGGGAGGCGCCCCCCUCUCCAUCAGGCCGGAUCCUGGAGUAUUCCAUGUACAUGGCGGUGAAGAAGAGCCGAUCCACCAGCUCAGAGCGCCCGGGUCAAAUGGCCUUCAUCCGGAUCUACCGCGGCACCAAGACGUUCUGCUCGGUCAGCUCCACCCACCUGUACAACGCCCAGAUCGACUCCUCCGCCUCCAACCGGCCCGCCGUCGUCUUCCGCAUCGCUGCCAAGAACGAGCAGGGUUACGGCCCCGCCACGCAGAUCCGCUGGAUUCAAGAUCCCAGUAAAUUGCGAGGCGCCACCAAGUCAGACAGCGCCGAGGCUGACCAGGACGCCGCUGACAGCUCCAGCUGAAAAGAAAAAGUUUGCACCUUUGCCUUUGUGUUUUGGAGAAAAGACUCCACUCAGGACGUUGGCAGUGUAUGCCAGUCAAUCGCUGUAUGAUAUUCCCUU